ACCGCGAGUAGGCGGCUACGUCCAGUGGAAGUGCUGCUGGCGGUGAAAAACAGUUUAGCCUACUAAAGUAAUGUUAGCCAAAGAACACUGAUCAGAAAUGAAAUGACAACUGGGCCUCCGUCUAAAGAUUUUGAGUCAAACUCCACCAGUGUGUCCUGCUGUCUGCUGGGGAAAAGCUGCGCUCACUACAGUGUCUCUCUGCUUGCCUGAGAGAGAGAGAGAGAGUGAGCGAGAGAGUGAGAGAGUGAGAGAGUGAGAGAGAGAGAGAGAGAGAGAGAGAGAGAGAGAGUGAGAGAGUGAGAGCAUAUGGAUCCAGAUGGCGUGGGUCCCAGUUGGGACACCCCCCCGAGCUCCCCGGUGCCUGCCGAGGACCUCGUGGACUGGCUGUGCAGCCUGCACCUGCCCCAGUACGCGGCGCUCUUCGCCAUGGCGGGCCUGCGGAGCCUGGCCGAGCUGCGGGGCCUGACGGCCGAGAGGCUCCAGGCGGUGGCCGACUUCCCCACGGGACACCGCCGGCGCAUGCUGUGCAGCCUGGAGGCCCUCGGGCUGGACAAGCCCCCGGAGGAGAGGGCAGGAGCCGGGGGAGUGGUGGAGGCAGAGGCCGCGUCGCGGGCGCUGGCGGACACUGCCGGGCACUCGUCUUUGGGUCCUUCGAGGCGGAGGCCCGUGCCCGUGCCCAGGACGCGGCACGUCUUCCCGAAGAACCGCAAGCGAGGCGCCUCUUGCCACACCCUGCAGGCCGCACCGCCAGGGACGAUGACUGCAGCGAUGAACACAGGCAGCAGCAUGACACUCCCGGGCAGGUCGCGGGCGUGUCCGGGGGACGUACUCCAAGAGCCCACCCCACCCGGCACCUUCUCCAACUCCUCCUCAUCGUCUCUGACGGUACCCCGGUCAAUGCCAGGUACCCGCUCCAUCUCUCCCAGCUCCGUCUCUGGUUCCACCCACAGUACCAGCAGCAGCGAAUCGCUCUCGUUCUCCUCCAACUCGCUGCCCUCUGAUUUGGAGAAUGUCCUGGAGCAACCCGCCCCUUCCUCUGCAAUAUCCACCUCUUCUUCUCCAGACUCCGCCCCUUCAUCCUUAUUGGACAUUCCCCCAUCCUCACAGCUGGACUCUCUGACCCCAUUGGACAACGUUCAGGGGGACUUCCUCAUGGUGGACAAUGACAUCUAUGAGAUGGAGCCCAUGCCGCAGCCUCCCUCGGUGCCCUUGGGCCAACGGAACACUCGCUCCUACAGGCUACGGCACAGACCCGUCCCUAAGCUUCCAGAGCAGGACCGUACUCCCAAAUAUCCCUGGAAUGUGAGUGCUAAAUCUACAGACCCAUCGCCUAGUCAGACUCCCAGUGGGAACAACAGCCAGCAGAAAGCUCCUCUGGAAAGGAAGGUUUCAGUCAUCUCUCCCUAUGGUGAGGUUUAUCUGUACAACAACCCUGGGGACAAAGAGGACGGAGGCGCCAAAGAGCAGGUUGUGACGGAGAUCAAGGAGAAGUUGAAGCAGAAGAGGCAUCGUAAGAAGCAGCCUAAGCAGAAUGAGCAGCGACCGGGCAGCAAAGACCAGCAGGUGGCACCCGACCCAGUCCCCGUGGCCGUUGAGGGUGUUGAUGACCGUAACCGUGGUGAGGAGGAGGAAGACGCCGACUACUCCACUGUCCAGGGCUUCCUGGAGCCUCCACGGCUGGCCGGCCAGAGCGGUCAGCGCUCCCCCAGGUCGCCGUCCCCUGCCAACCUCUCCACGCCUGCGCCAUUUCAGGGUCAGCCCCCUGGGGCUGAGGUGGCGGCGAUAUCGUCGGUGCCGGUGUCUUCGGCUGUGCCGCCCGUACGUGCGGACGAGAACGGCGUCUACACGGAGCCGCUGGACGCGCUGCCGGGGCCGGCUAGAGUGGAGCUGCCCGAGGACGUUGAGUCAGCCAUCUCUCCCUAUGCCUGCUUCUAUGGAGGGCCCAGGGCUGCCCUUAAGACCGGUUGGCUGGACAAGCUCUCCCCUCAAGGAAACCGUGUCUUUCAGAAGAGAUGGGUGAAGUUUGAUGGAGAAAACCUCACAUACUACAACAAUGACAAGGAGAUGUACUCUAAAGGCCUGAUCCCUCUGUCGUCGGUGAAGCAGGUGCGAGCGCUGGGGGAUAACCGGCUGGAGGUGGUCACGUGUCUGCGCACCUUCGUUUUCCGAGCCGAGCGAGAGGGGGACAGACAGGAGUGGCUGGCCGUGCUGCAGGAGGCCCUGGACUACCGUCCCUGCGUCCCCCAGCGCCCCCCGCAGGGAGCGGCCAGCCGCUGCGGCCCCCUGGAGCUGAGGGGCCACAAGGGCCGCGUCUACGUCUGCCUGCUGGGCACCCGCGUGCGCCUCUGCAAAACCGAGCAGGACUUCAGUGCUGGUUUGGCAAUCGCUGUAGUGGAGCUGACCUCAGCCUGUGUGAAGCACGUCGAGAGGAGAGGAUUUGAAAUCAACACUCCAUUCAAGACCUUCUGCUUCACGGCAGAGUCGGAGCGUGAGCGGGACGAGUGGGUGGAGGCGGUGCAGGAGUGCAUCGUGGAGACGCUCUCCGACUACGAGGUGGCCGAGAAGAUCUGGUACAACGAGGCCAACCGCAACUGUGCCGACUGCCGCGCCCCCAACCCAGAGUGGGCCUCGAUCAACCUGGUGGUGGUCAUCUGCAAGAAAUGCGCCGCGCAGCACCGGUUCCUGGGUCCCAGCAUCUCUCAGGUACGAAGCCUGAAGCUGGACAGCAGCAUCUGGAGCAACGAGCUGGUGGAGCUCUUUCUGGAGGUGGGGAACAAGAACGCCAACAGUUUCUGGGCGGCCACUCUGAGCCCCGAGGACGAGCUCCACAUGGGCGCGUCGGCCGAGCAGCGGGCCACCUUCCACCGCAGGAAGUACCGCCAGAGGAUGUACCGGCACGCACUGGAGGGCCUCAGCAGCCAGGACGACCUCAACAAGGCCCUGUGUGCAGCAGUGGUGCUGCCGGACGUGCUGCGGACCAUGGCGCUGGUGUUCAGCGGGGCGGACGUCAUGUGUGCCACGGGCGACCCUGGCCACUCCACACCCUACCUGCUGGCCCAGAAGGCCGCCCAGCGACUGCAGAUGGAGUUCCUCUACCACAACAAGCUCUCAGACUUCCCCAAGCUGGAGCAGGUGUGUGAGGGGAGUUGUCCGGCUGACAUCCCCUCCUUCAUGGAUGGCUUCCUCUACUGCUCCAUCACCAGCGCCUCCAAGGCCACGCUGGACCGGAGGGGCAGGGAAGACAUGGUCCGCCGCUGGUGCACGCUGGAGGGCGGCUUCCUCAGCUACUAUGAAAGCGAGAAGAUCGCCACGGCAACGGGCAGGGUCGAGAUCAGUGAGAUGACCAGCUUGGCAAUCAACCGCCACGAGACCAUGACUGGAUCUGGGGCGGUGUUUACAUUUGAGAUGUACCUGCCAACUGAGAAAGUGCUGGUGCUUGGAGCUGAGACAGCCGAGACACACAAGGACUGGGCCUGCGCUGUCUCCAAGUGUUUCUUGCCAGUGGAGGCCGAGUCCAUCCUGAGGCGGGAUUGCGAGCUGAUUGGUCGGCUGUACUAUAAGGAAGGUCACGACCUUUACCACUGGCGGGUAGGCUGGUUCGGCCUGGAAGGCUCUGAUCUGUACUUCUGCUCUCUGGAGGGAGAGGCCGAGGAGGGCGUGCUGCAGCUCAAACGCCUGCAGGAAAUCACGGUGUCUACACAUGUCGAAGGUGAAGAAAAGAUCCAGGUGUUGCUGAUGGUGGAAAGUGGAAGGACGGUGUACAUCCACGGCCACUCCCGUCUGAACUUCACCCUCUGGCACGCGGCCAUCCAGCAGGCGGCCGGCACAGACGGCCGGGCGCUAGGCAACCAGCAGCUCAGCAAGAACGACAUUCCCAUCGUAGUGGACAGCUGUAUCGCUUUCGUCACUCAGUAUGGCCUGUGCCAUGAGGGCAUCUACCAGAAGAGCGGUGAUGCGGCGCGGGUGUCCCAGCUGCUGGAUGACUUCCGUCGAGACGCCCGCAACGUGAAGCUCCGUGCCCAGGACCACCUGCUGGGGGAUGUCACGGACACGCUCAAGGCCUUCCUGGCCCAGAGCGAGGAUGCACUGCUGACCAAGGAGCUCUACCCCUACUGGGUGUCUGCCCUGGAUGAGGAGGAUGAGGAGUGUCGCGUGCAGAAGUAUUCCACCUUCAUCAGGAGUCUUCCUCAGAUCAACCGCUCCACACUGAAGGCCCUGUUACAGCAUCUUUACAGGAUCCAGAGCUGCUCCCACAUAAACCAGAUGAGCGCGGGGCGCCUGGCUUCCGUCCUCUCGUCCUGCCUGUUCCAGACUGAGGGUCAGCGGGAGCAGGAGUGCCGUGUGGUGGAGGAUCUCAUUAGCAACUACGUGCAGCUCUUCACCGUCAAUGAGGAGCAAGUCAAGCAAAUGGAGAAGGAGAACAGCUUCAUCACCAGGUGGAAGGACUCCACGCAGUUUUCUCCAGCAGGGGACCUAAUCUUUGAAGUUUACCUGGAGAAAAAAGAGCCUGAAACCUGCUGUAUAGUCAAGGUUUCUCCCACAAUGCACUCUGUUGAGCUGGCCAGUUGCACCCUGGGAAUGAAAGGCCUGAAAGGGAUGGACGAGGAGCUGUGGACCACUUACGAAGUUCUUGACAACGGAGAGCUGGAGAGGCCCCUGCACUACAAAGAGAAGAUUCUGGAACAGGUGUUAGAGUGGAGCUCCUUGGAAGACCCCAGCUCUGCAUUUUUGAUUGUCAAGAAGUUUCCGGUUGCCAAACUCCCCCAUGCCCGCGCAGAGAAACUUAAGGACUCAAUGAAAGGGGAGCAGGUGAAGUUCAAAGAUGGCUCUUCCAAGCUGCUCUCCGGCAACAAGUUCCAGGACCGCUACUUAAUGCUCCGAGACAAGAAGCUCGUUCUGUACAAGGACAUGAAAAGCACUAAGCCAGAGAGGGAGGUGCCUUUAAAGUCAGUGAAGUGCUACCUGGGUGUGAGGAGGAAGAUGAAGGCGCCAAGCAGUUGGGGCUUCACAGUGUUUAUGGAAAAACAGCAAUGGUAUUUCUGCUGUGACAGUAAGGAGUCUCGGCUGGACUGGGUCACCUGUAUUAUUCGAUCAAAGCAUGGCAGCGACUUUUGGCCCAAAGAUGACGUGGAAUGGGGAGUGUCGUGCCCCUCUGACAUCCGGCAGAGAGCCGUGUCGGCCGUCGGCAGAGGCCCUGUCAAAACCACAAACCCACCAGAGACAAAGAGGAAAGCAUCCCUCAACAUUUAUGGAGGGGACAUGAAACCAAGCAUUGGUCCGAUGGAAACUAUUCACCAGCGCAAUGCUGCUCUCAUAGCACAGUCACUGAAGCAGAAGGAGCUGCCUGGUGUCCCUGACGCAAGACACAAAAUGGCAGACAAGGAAACAAACCAGGCUGACUUAACUACCAACAUGGAGUUUGGUGGAAAAAGCCAGGCCGACUCUGCGCAAAAGACAACAGGUGGUGCUAAACCAAACCUGCCUGAGCCAAGAAACAAAAUGGUGCCCAGUGGAGCCAAGCAACCAAACUCUAAACCUCAAAUUCCAGCCGGCGGAGGCCACCACCAGCCGGUGGCCAACCAAAGACCAACCAAAAUGACUGCAGCCAAGGAGAAGCAGCAAGAGCCUACUAGAGCUCACUAUUCUCCCAGAGCUCUAUUGCCUUUGGCAGGGGGAGUGCCCCAUGGCUUGGCCCAGCAGAAGAAGGUCCUGCUGGGGACAGCAGGAGGGCAGCUACCCCCCAACCUCCUCAGUGAACUCAGCACUGUCCUCAGCAAAACAGGCCGCAGCCCAAAGGAUGAGAGCUGAAGAGCAGGGGGACUGAGCCAGUGAUUGAGUAAUUCCGUAAAGCAGUGAGGAAGUGAGAUGUUGAGUGAGUGCUGUACUUUUAUCAAACUAUGGAAUUGUGAGAAUGUGAGCGUUACCAAAAGCUCUUAAUAUAAUAUGUAUUUUAAUAAUAUUAUGUUAUUUAUAGCCCAUGCUCAAAUUUUAUAUCCGUUGUUUGUUAUAUCCUUUUACCUGAGAUGUGUGUUAGUUGAUCAAACUACAUCACCACAACCCAAGAAUUCUUGAUGCAUGUCUAAGAAUGAUAGACAUAUAGAUGCAUUUUUGGAUGUUAAUAGAAUGGUCAAGAUUUUAAGGGAUAUUGUUUUCUGUGAGCUGUCAUUAUGUGUGUGUGUGUGUGUGUGUGUGUGUGUGUGUGUGUGCGUGCCCGCGCCCGCGUGUAUACCUGUGUGUCUUGUAUGAUUCCCAUGGGUGUGUUUGUAACAGCACACCAAAGAAACCUCAAGUUACACACUACGUUUAAGGCAAUGCAUUAUCAUAGAGCAGAGAAACAUAUAUAUUGUACGCACUUGUCUCACACUGAGAGUAUUGCAACCAGUAUGUUUUUGAUGAUAUUCAUGUUCAGGAUUCAUUUCAGUACUUCUGGGGUUUAUGAACUUAUUAUUUCAGUACUUAUGGGUGAAUGAUUAUGAACAAAAACAUCACUCUCCAGUCACUUUUUUCCGGUCUUCUUGACAAACUGGGAAAGUUUUGUCUGCUAGGUGAUAUAGCUAUUAGAACAAGUUAAACUCAUUCCUUAUUCAAACACAUGUAGGCUUUAGAUCUCCAUCAUUUCCGUCGUCAAUGUUUGUGGUUUUCACAUGCUGGGAAAUCCAUUUGAAGAUGAGACCAAUUUGUUGCCUCCUCCAGUGAAUGAAAUUCCAAUUCAUCCGUUUGACUGAUGGAAUUUACCUUGUUGUAUGACUGCCAUUUUAUUGCUUUCUUGUUUUUUUUUACACAGGAAUGAUCCAUUUUUGGUGUAUGUGAUAAUUGGACAUGGUGGCAUUAGAUCAGUACAUGUUAGCACAGUGAAAUAAAAUGCCUCUCCAUAGUUUGUGCUGAUUCUCUUGAAUUCAAUAAACACCUCCUGUUUGUGGGGACAUUCUAAAUUGGCACUUACUGUGGUUGUUAUGUCUAAGUACAGUCUAA